GCCAUUGUACAUUUUCACCUACCAAAAAUGAAAUGGAUUGGUAACCUCUUUUUGGCGAUUUCGCGCUGUUUACUGCUUCUUCUUCAUCUUCAAUUGCACAUUUCACCUGCAAAAAUUUCACCUGCACAUUUCUUCUUGCUGCUUCAGUUCGUCGUCGCCACAUCUGCAUCCGAAAUCCAGAAUAUGUGUUCAACUAGGAUUUUUCCUGAAUAACGAUCUCCCAAAAAUCAAUCUCAUGCUUCUCCAUUUCUGCACCAUUAUGUAGUUCCAGCUGCUCAAAUAUAGCUUUAAUGAAGAGUUCCCGUCUUUUUUACUUACUUUUCGUAUCGGUGAUACUGGCGGCCUUACCCUCCAAUACUGCUGGUAAUCCUCCAAGAUGGGAAGUGCUAGAAGCAGUUAGCAACCGAACCCAAUUGGAUAAUUUGGGCAAUUUGAGACAAAAAGACGUUUAUCGUUUUUACCUAUGGGAAAAGUACAGAAGCUCAUCAAGAUCUGAAAGGGUUGUAGUUGUGAAAGAGAUUAGAGAGUAUUUUACACAUCUUGCAUAUUUGGAUAGAAGUAUGGAGAUGAUCGGGAUUCUUCUUUUUGGGCCGGAAAAUGGUCCAUCAAUUCUCCAUUCAGGUAGCAGCAUUUCACAGAAUGACGAUUGGCAGUGUGAAGGAUAUAGUACUCUGCUAUUUGAGAAACACUGUGCUCGGCUAUCUGAACACGCGACGAGGCACCCACGAUUUUUCCAAAACAUUUGCAAUAACGUGGUCGUGAAAACAUCCAUUGAAGAUGCAUUUAUCGCUGUUUGUGGCCGGGAUGACACUCCAUACGGCAUUGAUGUGAGAAAUCGGGAUAUAAAUAUCACCCCGAAGCCGAUUCAUGGCUCGUCUCAAAGUACUAAAAAUGUAGAAUAUUGUGAACGUGUUCUCGUCCGUAGCAUAUUGAGAAUGGAGCUGUGGAGCUAUGUCAAAGCAUACCGUGUUUUUGUGGUUCCGUCGUUGCCAAGGUUUAAUGACUGGUAUAAGAGUAUUCGAAUUUGUCUUCACCAGGACGCGUCACUUGGCUUGUGUAUGUGUAAAAAGGAUGAUUGGAGAUCCAUGCAAAAGGCGUUAUGGAGUUCUAUUAUAUCACCUUAUGAGCAAAAUUUUAUUGAUGUCAAGUUUGUUGCGGAGGUUUCUGGUUUUGUAACUGUCACUCUUGAUGAAGUGUUGUUGGCAAGGCGCUAUCCCAUGCUCGGAGUGUUAAUAGUCGGUUUCUGUUUGAUGCUAUAUUAUGCAAUUAGCUUCCUUAAGCAGCGUUAUAAUGAAUUAAUCUUCCCUGAGGCAAGUCAACAAUUCUACUCAACAUUUCACCCGACCCUACCUAGAAAGAACUUCUCAAGGACAGAAUGGGAGGAAUUCACCGAGAGGUCGACCAGAGACUCUGUAUCUCAACUGUUAUCUUCACGUGAAUUCUCCGAUUGGGUGAUGAUGAAUGCCUCUAGAAUCCAAGUCAACAAUGUUUUGGGUGAUGAUAAUGAGUUAGAGGUAGAUUAAAUGGUAGAUUAAACUAUGACAUCUAAUGUGUAGUUGUGUACAAUCAAACUUAUGUUGAAGGUACUUUAUCAUCACUCGUUUACUAA